UACAUUUAACCUCAAAGCAUCUUUUUCAUCUCAGCCGAAAUGUCAGUUUGUAAAAUGUAUUUUAAACCAGAUCUUAUUUACAUUGCUUGCACCAUUUACGUUAGUUAUGUUUUCCAGUUGGUGAGAGGAUUUUCUUGGUCGUAUUAUCCUCGAUUGAGCCACGAAUGUCCACCAAUAAAAACAAGAGAAAGGCCAGUGAGUGCAGGCAAGCAUCAUUUAUUGCUUAUGGGUGUGCCUAGACCAAAUGCACAAGGACCUCAACCGUUUGAAGCAACAACUAAAGGACCAUCACCUCCUGCAGUUGACGACGAAGAGUACGAUGAGCAAGACAGGGAACUUAUGAGACCGCGAGGACCAGAUGAGCCAUCCCCUUUCGCCUUAUUCUUAGUUGACAGGCAGUUCAAGAGAUUUGAGGAGAAAAUAAACGAAGAGUUUCAAUACGUAUUGGACAACUUGCCGAAAGAAACGCCUCCCGUCUGGCACAUCUACAACUAUAAAGCGUACAUGAUGAAGGCAUUCCGCAUGGUGAAAAUAAUGUACGAGGUGCAAGGGAGUAUGAAAACAGGAGACGGAAUUUGCGAUGUCCUCAUACUGCCGAAGCCAGGAGACACCGGAAGCGCUUUCAUAGUUAACUAUGUCCUUUCAGAGUCUGAAAAAGACCUGAGGAAAGAUGCCAAAAGAUGUCUACAGACUAUGUUAGAUCAGCGUUUUGGUCUGGAGCUGAGAGACAGACAUCCACCUCUGGAUGAUGUUUACAAAGUUGGCAUUUCAUUUUGUGGCCCGAAAGCAGCUCUCGAGUAUUCGGAUGCAAUUCCUGCAAUAAAGUUCGAGUCUACGACCAGGAGAAGAAUGUGGGCCUAACCUUGCAUUGCAAACCCUAAUCUGUUUGAUGAUGAAGUGCAAGUAUAUUUAAAGUCGGGGUGGUCAAAGGGCUGGCCUGUUCCUUGAUUUUGAAACCGGACCAUCUCUGGGAUUUGGGUGGAUUAAAAUGCGUAUAGCCUCUUUAAGGUUUUGCUCCAUCCUGCAGAUUUUUCUCUUGGGAUAGAAAAUGACCGGGAGAAAAACGUUGUCCUCACUGCAUAUUUCAAUCUGAUAUGUUUAAGUCAAGAAAACGGAGACUUUGAGAGAGUAUUUUGGAAGUAUCUGGUGAAAUUUUGGGGGAAAUUUUGAACUUUAAAAAUUGAUUAUACCCUUUAUUAAGAUAAUGCUCAAACGAA